CUCGAAAGUGUCGGGCACUCGGCGGCGGGGCUCGUCGUCUCGGAUUCUCGCGGCGCAGUCGGCACGAUACUCGGUAGGCAGGCAGGUUCGGCUCACUGCACAUUUUGCUAUGGCGUGUUUAGGUUCGAGUCGGCUCUGUGCCCGUGCGGAGAAGAUCCGCCAGUUCCAUCGUAAUAUCGCGUCAACUGCCUUAUCAACUAGAAGCUUCCGCAGCAGCUCGGAACAAGCGGCCAGCAGCACCGGACUUCUUCGACGUUGCCAGAAUUUUCAAAAUGAGCAUAACUGUCGUCUGAAUGUUGCACGAGUAAUGAGUUCAAUGCAGACGCAACAGCCAGGAUCUCUUCCAGACUAUCGAAUUGAUCCUUAUCAACUACUCGAGGAUGAUCUAAAAGAUGUAUAUGAAGAUAUAAAAAGAGAACUGAUUGGCAAUACGACAAACGAAGAGCUGAGAACGAUAGCGACAUAUUAUUUUGGCGGACAAGGCAAGGCACUUCGGCCCAUGGUCGCGAUACUCAUUGCCCGAGCCAUCAACUAUCACAAAGAUAGAAACGGUCUCUUAGCAUCGCAACGGCAAGUUGCAAUGAUUUCCGAGAUGAUCCAUAAUGCCUCCUUGAUACAUGACGACGUGAUCGACCAAUCCGAUUUUCGCCGGGGAAAACCUUCUGUUAAUGCACUUUGGAGUCAGAAGAAGGUAACAAUGGCCGGCGAUUUUAUUCUUGCUGUAGCUACGAUGAUGAUUGCGCGCCUUCAGAGCGAUGAUGUUACUUUAACUCUCAGUCAGGUUAUCACUGAUUUGGUCCAAGGGGAGUUUAUGCAGCUGGGCUCCAAGGAGACAGAAAAUGAGCGGUUUACCCAUUAUUUGACAAAAACUUAUAGGAAAACAGCUAGUCUACUAGCGAAUUCGGCAAAAGCGGUUGCGAUGCUAUCAGGAGCUGACGAGUGUUUAUCGGAAGUUGCUUUUCAAUAUGGAAGAAAUAUUGGAUUAGCUUUCCAACUUGUCGAUGACUUAUUAGAUUUUGUAUCAUCGUCAGAUGCAAUGGGAAAGCCUACAGCAGCAGAUUUAAAAUUGGGACUCGCUACUGCACCCGUUCUAUUUGCUUGCGAACGGUAUCCAGAACUGAAUCCAAUGAUAAUGCGUCGAUUCCAAGAGCCCGGUGACGUCGAAAAAGCCUUUGAGCUAGUGCAUAAAUCGCAAGGAUUAGAGCAAACGAGAUUUUUAGCCAAAAAGCAUUGUGUGGAAGCCGUGAGGCUUGCACAAACUUUGGCCGAAAGUCCCUAUCAAAAAAGUUUAUUCGUCGUCAGCGAUUUAGUUAUUAAUCGUAUAAAGUAAUGAAUUGUCUUUAAACGUUUCAUUACAGUAGUAUAAAUCAUAUGCAUCGGUAACAAAUUGAUUUUGAAAAGCUUAAAAAGGAGAAGAGAAGAAAAGACAUGGAGUAUAAAUUAGCUAUUGAUUAAAAAGGUAAAGAAAAAUUUUUAAAAUAAAAGCAUGUUAA